CCUAAAAGUCAAAUUGUCCACCUAACAAUAUGAGCAUACUUAAGUCCACCAACCACUUAAUCAAGCACGGACUGUUAGUGCCAUACUGUACAUCUUGCCGGUGCUUAUUAAAUUCUUCUACUUCAUAUUCCAGCUUGAAAUUCUUCAGUUCUUUCUCUGUUUUCUCUCGUAAAGAUCCCAACUUUUGUCUCGCUUCUCAGUCUCGCUUCUUUUCUUCUGGUAAUAACGUAAUGAUGGAGCUGUUCAAGGCUGUUUCCAGCACGGCAUCUGCAUCUCUGGGUAGUAUUGCCAUAAGAUCAGAUCAAAAUAGUUAUAGUUACCAUCAGCUGAUCUCAUCUGCUUUGAAGAUAUCUAAGGCAUUAUGUGAUGCUGAUUUAAAAAAUGUUGAUAGCAAUAUAAAAAGUAAACAUCUUGGUGGAGCUAGGGUGGGGAUUGUUGCAAAACCAUCUGCUGAGUUUGUUGCUGGAGUUCUAGGAACAUGGUUCAGUGGAGGUGUUGCGGUCCCUCUUGCACUUAGUUACCCAGAAGCCGAGCUCCUGCAUGUGAUGAAUGAUUCGGACGUUUCUGUCAUUCUGAGUACCGAAGAUCAUCAAAAACUUAUGAAAGCCGUUGCAGCUAAAGCUGCUGCUCAAGUUUCCCUUAUUCCUACUAUUCCGAGCAUAAGUGGUCUUGCAGACAAAACAAAUGAGGAAAUUGAAAUUUCUGACAAGAUAAAUGGGAAUGACGCAGCAUUGAUUAUAUACACCAGUGGUACAACAGGUAAACCUAAAGGAGUUGUACACACACACAAAGGUGUCUUGGCGCAGGUUCAAAUGUUAACAGAGGCAUGGGGAUACACAUCCAGUGAUCAAUUCCUGCACUGUCUACCAUUACAUCAUGUUCAUGGACUUUUCAAUGCUUUAUUAGCCCCUUUGUAUGCGGGUUCCACGGUUGAAUUCAUGCCGAAAUUCAGUGUGAGGGGGAUCUGGCAGAGAUGGCGUGAAUCUUAUCCGAAGGAUGAAAGUAAAGCUGGUGAUGCUAUAACUGUGUUUACUGGAGUUCCAACCAUGUAUACACGUCUAAUACAAGGGUAUGAAGCCAUGGAUCCAGAAUCACAAGCUUCUGCUGCUUCAGCAGCUAGACAGUUGCGUCUCAUGAUGUGUGGCUCCUCUGCCCUUCCACUUCCAAUUAUGCAACAGUGGGAAAGUAUCACUGGCCAUCGCCUUCUGGAACGAUAUGGCAUGACUGAGUUUGUCAUGGCGUUGUCUAAUCCCCUAAUUGGUGAGCGAAAAGGAGGAACUGUUGGCAAGCCACUUCCUGGCGUGCAGGCCAAGAUCCUUGCAGAAGACGGGAGUAGUGAAGUAGAGGUAGGCGAGCUCUGUAUUAAAAGCCCAUCACUGUUCAGGGAAUAUUGGAAGCUUCCUGAGGUAACUAAGGAGUCGUUUAUUAACGGUGGAUUCUUCAAAACUGGAGAUGCUGCUAGAUUGAAUGAAGACGGAUACUAUGUCAUUUUAGGACGUACUAAUGCCGAUAUUAUGAAGGUUGGUGGGUAUAAGUUAUCUGCGCUAGAAAUUGAAGCGGUUCUUUUAGAGCAUCCGGCUAUUUCAGAGUGUUGUGUGUUGGGAUUGCCUGACAAGGACUAUGGCGAAGCUGUGUGUGCAAUAGUUGUAGCUGAUGCAGAGGUUAAGAGAAUACGAGAUGAAGAAUCGAAUCCUGCUCUGACUUUGGAAGAACUUACCAUGUGGGCUAAAGAGAAACUUGCACCAUACAAGCUACCAACGCGUUUAUUGCUAUGGGAGUCGCUGCCACGUAAUGCUAUGGGAAAGGUGAACAAAAAAGAGCUGAAGAAAAAGCUAGCAGACGAUAAACAAUGAGGACAUUUUUCGUGCAUAGUAUUAUUGGAAACGACUUGACAAUAUAUUAAAAUUUAGCUUAUUUUUCUUCUUUAAUGUUGUCCACUCUAGUCUGAGGUCGGUUGGUCGGUAAACAUUAAUACUGUUGAUAGAUUGAGGCAGAGAGUUUCAAGUAAAUUUGUUGUGAAGGCACACUGAAUUAUAAGUUGAAUUAUUAUUAAUUUGAAAUAAUUGGGAAUUUUGUUUCCUUUGAGUUCUGUA